UAUUAUGAUUUAUCUGCUGAAGCAAAAUCGACAAAUAAUACAGAAAGUAAUGGUCUAUCGAUUGGUCCUCUUUAUAUUGCACCGCAACAAAUUGGAAUUGGUAUCAUGGUUGAAUUAUUCUCAUUAGUUCCAAGUAUUUUCAUAGUUCAAUUUUUUCGACGUAUUCGACCUCGUCAACAAAUUUCACCAUUACGUCAAGCAUUAGAGAAAAUACGAUCAUUACCACCCACUGAUUCAAAAGAUAAAAAUCCAAAUAAAAAUAAAAAAAAACAAUUUACAUUUCCUUGGUGGUGUUUAUUUAUUGCUUAUACAUUUUCUUUUAUGAUAAUUGCUGUUUCAAUGUUUUUUAUUAUUGUUAAAGGAAUUAUAUUUGGUGAUUUAAAAACUCAACAAUGGUUAACAUCUGUUCUUACUGGCUUUUUCUCGUCAGUUAUUCUUACUCAACCAAUUAAAAUUUUAGGUUUGGCAGUAUUUUUUACUCUAUUUUGUCGAAAUCCAAAUGAUGAUAAAGAAGCAAAAGAAUAUAUAGAUGAGACUAAUUUUGAAUUAGAUGGUGAUGAAGAUUAUCUUCAUUCGAAUGAUUUUUCAUUGAUUUCAAAUUCUUCAAAACGUAUUACUCGUCUAAAUGAAAAUGAAGUAGCUUUUCUUCGUGAACAACGUUUAAAAGAACUUCAAAUGUGGUCAAUUAUUCGAGAAUUUCUAAUUUAUGCCAUAUUUUUAACAUUACUUUGUAUAAUCAGUUUUUCAAAUCAUACACAAAAUAGUUUUUAUCAAACUGAUCAUUUACAAAAAUAUUUUUUAAAUACAAGACAAACA